GAGGAGGCAAGGAGGAAGGGCACUCGGGCUGCGAGGGAGGGUGCCGGCAGGCGCGGAGGGAGGAGCCAGGGGAAAGGUGGAGCGCGGGGCGUCGGGGGGCGGUGUGGAGUUGGGGGGAAGAGGAGGGGGCCUGUUAAGGGGAAGGGAGCUAGUGUCUGCGCUGCUGUCUUUGAAUCGCAAGUGUCCGGCGGAAUGUGUCUGCGCCGCGCUCCCGCGGCGGGAUCGAGUCCCCGACUGUCGGUCGGUGGGGUCGGUCUGGGAACCUGCGGCCCUGCCCCCGCUCUCCACGCUGAUCCCACUCGGCUCCACCCAGACCCGUACUCCCCCGCCCCCCACCGAUCUUAGACCCACCGCGGGAGCCGGGUCCCUUGGGGGCGGUGAGGAGAGCCCGAAGGAGACCAGGCUGGGCCCAAGUGCCUGCUAAGAACGUGACCUUCGAAGUAGAAAUUGGGAUGGGAGCUUUGAACCAGGUCACCUGGGAAAAGGCAGGGCUGGCGAGGAGGCGUCGGGGGUGAGGCCGGAGUUGGAUGGGGUGAAGACUCCCCGGGGCGGCAUCCAGGGGAGCCGCUGCUGACGAGGGCAGAGUCCCCUGGGCGUGGUGGGGAGCGGAUCCUCCCACCCGGCUGGAAACCUCUGCCAGUCGGGUGUGGCGGGGUGCCCUCAGCCCUCAGACAUCCCUGCCCCUGGUUGUGACGUUUCUCUUCAGCUUUGCCACUUGGGCACCCCAACCCCUGAAAGCUCCCCGUAUCCCGUCCUCCCCCAUCUAAAAUGUGGGCUGGUUAUUCCAGGCCUCCCUCUCUAAUCUCUUUCUCCAAUCUCCUCUGGGUUCUAGCUUCCUCCCUCCUGGCCUCUUUAGAGGGAAGGAUGUGACUUGUAUUUCUCCCCAAUCCACGUGUGGCUUUUCCGGGAGGGGUGGGGAUGACUCGGUGUGAAGAGCAGCCUCCCCUGGCUUCCACACCCCAUCACCUGGAGGGGACACCAGGGCACAGAGAAGCACAGCAUGCAGCAGGGGCACAUCAGCAUUUGUUGAUGCUUAGGAUGAGGGGGACAAGAACAGGUGAUGCCUGGAAGAGCACAGGGUGCCUCGGAAUCAGCUGUGGAGGGCUCUUCUACCUUCUGUAUGGGCUGCUUCAGCCGCUCGGUGUCUGGCCUGGUCAUCGGGCUGCAGGACGGCCCUGGGAGCAGAACACAUCACUGUGUGCCAGGAUGGGGCACAGGCACCUCGGUCUGUCCUUGUAAGACCUGCAGUGCGAGUGUGUGUUAGGUGCCAGAGGGAGAGUGUCCAGGUGUGCAUGUGUGACAGGCUGGGAACAGCUGGGUGUCCACGGCCUGACCCUGGACCUUUCCGAGGACCCCCUCCGAGAGCUCCCUGAGGGAUUCACUGUGCCUUCUCCUGGCCCAGGACCAAGGGUCGGCCUGGAAGAAUGUCUGGCAGGGCUCUGGUUCCCGGCAGCCCCCCCCCCCAACCCUGCCCACCACAGGUGGGGUGACUGUGUGGGUUGCUUGCAGGCACGUCAGGUUUAGGGGUUGGAGGGUUACAGGAUCUGAGGCUCUGGCCACAUUCCAGCCUGGGUGUCCUCGGAGCUGGUAACCGGUAACCAGGAUGUAACCAGGAUUCCCCUGGGGAGCGAGCUGCUGCCCAACCCUCUUCCAACCAGAUGGUCUGCUCAGAUUAUCCCAUCCGGUUGCCCUGCCCCAAGGGCUAGGGGAGCUGGCUGCAGGCCCUUCUGCCCCCUGCCCCCCACACUUUCUAGCCCAGGCACUCCUCCCUGAGGCUGGCUCUCCUUCCCCUAUCUGGGCUUCCUGGUUCUGGAUCCCAGGGACCCUAGGAGAGCAGGUGGACCCCGCCAGCCACAAAUGAUCACCCUCAGUAAGAAGUCAGACCGCACAGAGGGAAGGGCGCAUGCCACCCCCCUGUCCGCAAACAGUCCAAUCGCCCUGGAAACCCCAUUCCUUCUGCUCACUGACCCUCGUUUCUGGAGUGCUUGGCAGGAGAAGCAGGAAAGGGAUGGGAAGAGGAUCGUACACUCAGGAUUUGAGGGCUGGAAGGCCGUGGCCCUGUGACUCUUAACACUAUUGUGGGGUCACGGCCCCCCUUGAGAAUCUAAUAAAAGUUAUGGAACUGUCAUCAGAAAAACAUGCACACACACAAUUUCAAAGUAUUCGUGGAGCCCCUGUCCCACCUGUGAUUCCCCGGGAGGCCCCUGAGGUUUUUACUGGUAAGGAAAUUGAGUCCCAGAAAGAGAGUGUGGCUUGCCCCUGUCCACGUUAAUUGGUGGUAGGGCUUGAGAGUGUACUAUCAGGGACACACGGACCCCCCAUCACACACACACACACACACUCACUCACUCACUCACACACACAGGAAGGGGAUUGUUUCCAGGGAGAGCUGGCCUCAGCUGGCCUCUGAGGGGAUUGCGCCAUGUGCAGGCAGGUCCAAUCUGGUUCUGGGCAGCUGGGCAUGGGGCUGAGAUAACACCUCCCCAGUGCCACGGGCCUCAUGCUCGCUGUCUCAGGCCGCCUUGGACACACUGACCCCAGGCUGCAGUAGCAGCAGUGUGGGGCUGGGGAGGCCAGCCCCAGCCUCUGCUCACCUGCCACAGCAUUGGCUCCCCAAAGCCUCACAGCCCCCAAAGGUGACCUGAGGGUCGCCAUGCUGCUCCCUGCCCUCCUCUGUGGGACGGCAUGGGCACUGGCUAACGGGCGGUGGUGUGAGUGGACAGAGACCAUCCUGGUGGAGGAGGAAGUAACCCCCCGUCAGGAGGACCUGGUGCCCUGCACCAGCCUCCAUCAUUACCAGCGCCAGGGCUGGCGGCUGGACUUGACCUGGAGUGGCUGUGUGGGGCUCUGCCCCAUCUACAAGCCCCCGGAAACCAGGCCUGCUGCACGGAACCUGACGGUGAGGGCUUGCUGCCCAGGCUGGGGGCAGGGGGGGGGGGGAGGUGGGAGCACCCACUGCACCCUGGCCCUUGCCGAAGCCAGCCUUCAGGGCCACUGCUUUGCCACAUGACUGUGCCAGCCGAGGGCAGGCUCAGCUAACGCUUCUGUGGGCCUGGAGGAGUGCUGAGCCUGGCCUUGGGGACACAGCUGGCGGGACGGCCACUCCCAGCCCUGCCACAGCUGCUCCAGCCACAAACUCCCCGGUGGGUCCACAGACCCCAGCCUGCGGGAAAGGCACAGCCCCGGCCGUCACCUGCUCCCCCUGCGCUACGAGGCUGCAGCCCAGGAUGUGUGCCAUCAGUUGCUGGACGGUCCAUGCAGGGAAUGCCAUGCCCAGGUGCCCCCUGCUGAGUACCACGAGGCCUUCCUCUUUGCCUACCGUGCUGGGGCCCCAGCAGGCAGUGGGCGGGAGGAGCGGCUGGAGGCCGCGUGCCCCACCUUGGCCAGCUACGCCCAGGAUCGUGCGGCGCGACGCAUUCACGUGCGCUGGAGGAAGCCCGGCUUCUGCGAGCACCUGUGCCUAGGGGGUCGGCUGUGCUCGGACUGCGCCUGGGCCUGCCCGCCCAGCUGCUCGGCAGUGGGCGACGGGGGCGAGGGGUCCUGCGGGGAAGAGUGCGUGAGCGGCUGCGAGUGCCCGCCCGGCCUCUUCUGGGACCGCGCCCUCUGUGUGCCUGCCGCCCGCUGGCCCUGCUACCACCGACGCCGGCGCUACGACCCCGGUGACACCGUGCACCAGCUGUGCAGCCUGAUCGUUGGCCAGGACGGCCGCUGGCUCUGCGCGCAGGCGCCGUGCCCCGCCGAGGGCGCGGUGGGCGGGGACGGGCAUUACCUCACCUUCGAUGGGCGGAGCUUCUCCUUCCCCGGCCGCGCAGGUCGCCGCUUCAGCCUGGUGCAGGACUUCGUAAAGAGGCCGCUACUGACUGUACUGGAGCACGGGGACUGCAAUGCUGGGAGCUGCCUCCACGCCAUCUCGGUCUCCCUGGGGGACACCCACGUCCAGCUCAGGGAUUCAGGAGCAGUACUGGUGGACGGGCAGGAUGUGGUCUUGCCCUGGAGCGGCCCUGGGGGCCUCAGUGUCUCCCGGGCCUCUUCCACUUUCCUGCUGCUGCGCUGGCCUGGGGCCCGCGUCCUCUGGGGAGCGUCUGACCCUGCAGCCUACAUCACCCUGGACGCCCGCCAUGCCCUCCAGGUGGCCUGGAACCAGCAGGAUGACUUCCUGACUCCUGCUGGCAACGUGGAGACCAGCAUUGCCGCCUUUGCUAGCAAGUUCCAAGUGGCAGGCGAGGGAAGGUGCCCCUCGGAGGACAGCGCCCCACUUUCCCGCUGCAGCACCCACACUCAGCGUCACAUUUUCGUGGAGGCAGCCUGUGCCAUCUUGCAUGGCCCAGUCUUCCAGGAGUGCCACGGGCUGGUGGACAGGGCACGGUUCCACCUGCGCUGCUUGGCACCUGUGUGUGGCUGCACCGACGGCGGGGACUGCCUGUGCCCCGUGCUCGCUGCCUAUGCUCGGCACUGUGCCCAGGAGGGUGCCCUGCUUUCCUGGAGAGACCAGACCCUCUGCCCUGUCCUGUGUCCUGGUGGCCAGGAGUACCAGGAGUGUGCCCCAGUGUGCGGUCGGAACUGUGGGGAGACUGAAGGCUGUGGGGAGCUGGGCAGCUGUGUGGCCAGUUGUAAUUGCCCCCUGGGGCUGCUUUGGGACCCUGAGGGCCAGUGUGUGUCCCCCGGCUCAUGCCCCUGCCAGCUUGGGGCCCAUCGCUAUGCCCCUGGCAGUGCUACCAUGAAGGACUGCAACCACUGCAUCUGCCAGGAGAGGGGCCUGUGGAAUUGCACUGCUCAACGCUGCGCCCCACCGCGGGCAUUCUGCCCCCGUGGGCUCGUCUACGUCCCUGGUGCCUCCCUCCUCACCUGUGACAGCCCCAGUGCCAAUGGCUCCUGCCCCCCAGGCAGCAUGGGGGGCUGUGUCUGUCCCCCAGGAACCGUGUUGCUGGAUGAGGGCUGCGUACCUCCCGAGCUCUGUCCCUACCGUCACGGUGGGCAGUGGUACCCGCCCAAUGUUUCAAUCCAGGAGGACUAUAACAUUUGGGUGUGCCAGGGUCGGCAGUGGCGCUGCAUGGGCCAGCGGUGCGAUGGACGGUGCCAGGCACCAGGUGCCCCCCAGUAUGUGACAUUCGAUGGGCUGGCCCUCACCUUCCCCGGGGCCUGUGAGUAUCUGCUGGUGCGGGCCAGCGGCCGUUUCACAGUCUCUGCCCAGGACCUGUCCUGCGGGGCCAGUGGCAUCACCUGCACCAAGGCGCUGACCAUGCGCCUGCAGAGCACCGUUGUGCACAUGCUGAGAGGCCAGGCAGUGACAGUGAAUGGGGUGAGUGUAACGCCCCCCAAGGUCUACACGGGCUCCGGGCUGAGCCUGCGCCAUGCUGGCCUCUUCCUGCAGCUCGCCACCUGCCUGGGCCUCACCCUGCUCUGGGAUGGGGGCACCCGGGUCCUGGUGCAGCUGUCCCCCGAGUUCCGCGGCCGGGUGGCUGGGCUGUGUGGAGACUUUGAUGGAGACGCCAGUAAUGACCUUCGGAGCCGCCAGGGAGUCCUGCUGGAGCCCACGGCUGAACUGGCUGCCCACUCCUGGUGCCUCAAUCCUCUCUGCCCCGAGCCAGGGGACUUGCAGCACCCCUGCGCCGUGAGGCGUGGUGUGCCCGGCUGGGCCCGCGCCCGCUGCGGGGUGAUGCGGCAGCCGCUCUUUGCCCGCUGCUGUGCGGAGGUGCCCCCAGAGCAGCACUUCGAGUGGUGUGUGCGUGACACCCGCAGAUGUGAUUCAGGGGGCGACUGUGAGUGUCUCUGCUCGGCCAUCGCCACCUACGCAGACGAGUGUUCCGCACGGCACGGGAUCCACGUGCGCUGGCGCAGCCAGGAGCUGUGCCCUCUGCAGUGUGAAGGGGGCCAGGGGUAUGAGGCCUGUGGCCCCACGCGUCCCCCCCCAACCUGCCAUGACCACGGUCCUGAGCCUGGGUGGCACUGCGAGGCCGUUGCCCGUGUGGAGGGCUGCUUCUGUCCUGAGGGGACUCUGCUGCACUGUGUGUGGAGGCCACGGCUGGCGGGGCCCUGGGAGGUGACUCUCACUCCCACCUACCUGUUUUCUCUCCUCUUCCCUUCAGAGGGGCUGCCAGUCCCAGGAGGCCCCAACAGGACAGGGCUUCCCGGCCCAGAAUACUCCUACCCGGAUGGCCUCUGCCUCGGUUUCCAGCUGGUGAGGGUGGGGAACGGGUGGUGCGGAAGGUAGAGCCACUGUGCCCCCAAAGCGAAAGUCACCCUGACCCCGUUCCCUCCCCAGGUGUGCGCUGGGCAGCCUGACUGUGAAUUGGCGGGGGAGGCAGGGCCCUCCUGGGAAGAGCAGUGCUGUGAGGCCUGGGGCCCCUGGAGCUCAUGGGCGCCGUGCAGCCAGACGUGCAGGCCCGGGGUGCAGGGCUGCAGCCGCCGCUGCUCCCCGCCCUGUCUCCCGGUGCUGCGGCACUGCCCGGGCCCCGAGCACCAGACUCAGGCCUGCUUCACGGCCGCCUGCCCAGUGGACAGUGAAUGGACCUCCUGGUCUCCCUGGUCCCCAUGCUCUGAGCCAUGCAGGGGCACCAUGGCCCGGCAGUGGCAGUGCCGCCCACCCCGGAACGGGGCCCACACCUGUGCCGUGCUGCCUGGGGCCCCUCCCAGCACCCGCCAGACCAGUGAGUGGACGGGAGGAGGGCAAGGACCCUGCCCUCAGGACGGCUGCCCCAAUGUCACCUGCUCCGGGGAGCUGGUGUUCCAUCCCUGUGCCCCUUGCCCUUUGACCUGUGAUGACAUCUCUGGUCAGGCCGAGUGCCCCCCUGACCGCCCUGCAGCAGCCCAGGUAAGGGAGCUCUGGGCCUGGGGUACAGCGGGCAUGUCUGCCGGGACCAAGCUCUCCGCAGAGAAGCCUCGCCCUGGGCCUUCCCUAGGCUGCUGGUGCCCCACAGGGCAGGUGUUGGGUGACGAGGGGCGGCGUGUGGGGCUGUGGCAGUGCCCCUGCCUGGUGGACGGCACCCGCUACUGGCGCGGGCGGCGCAUCGAGGCCGACUGCCGGCUCUGCAUCUGCCGAGAUGGACGGCCCCGGCGCUGCCGGCCCAACCCAGACGGUGCCGUGAACUGUGGCUGGUCAUCCUGGUCUCCCUGGACCGAGUGCCUGGGCCCCUGUGGGAGCCGCAGCAUUCAGUGGUCCUUCCAGAGCGCCAACAAUGCCCGCCUCGCUGGCCGAGGUCACCAGCGCUGGGGCAUCCACCGCAAGGCCCGCAGCUACUGCACCCGUGCCAGCCGAGGCCCUGCGAGGGUCCGCCGAGUCGGGGAUCGCUGGCGAGAGGGCCCCUGCAGCUGCCCGUGUCUGCACGGCAGCACGUCACGCAGCUCCCACUACUGCCCGCUGGGCAGCUGCUCCCAGGACUGGGUUCUGGUGGAGGGAGUGGGAGAGUCAUGUUGCCACUGUGUCCUGCCUGGUGAGUGGGUCUGCGGGGUAGCAGAGGGGCCCCAAGGGGAGGAGGGUGGCGAGGACUCAGAGCGAGCCACAGGUGACAGCGCCGAGUGGGGGGCACCGGCUACCCCAGCCUCAGGGAGACAACCCACGGUCCGCCACAUGGCCCCUCCAGCCCCAAGCCCCCAGAUCGGGGCCCCUCUGAUCACCUACAUUCUGCCUCCCACCAGAGAUCCCUGCUAUUCUCCCCUGGGCCUGGCCCAACUCCCCGAGGGGAGCCUGCAUGCUUCGCCCCAGCAGCUGGAGUGCCCCACCUGGGCUGCCAUCCUAAGGCCUCCCACGGAGCGGUGGCGUUGGAGGUUGGUGGGCUGGGGUAGUGUUCACUCUGACCCCUGUCCCUCCCCCCAGGCUCGUGCUCAUUUGACUGAUGGGAGGACUGAGGCUCAGCUGGGAGAGGCGAUUUAUGAUGGAACUAGAGCCUGGAGUGGGGGCGUUCUACGUUCUCCUUCCAGUUGCCUCUUUGUCUUUCCUGAGUGGCCAGUGCCUGGUGUGUGUCCCUUGGGCAAGCAGUGGCUGGACAGUGCACAGGGCCCUGCUUCCUGUGCAGAGCUCAGUGCCCCAAGAGGGACUGACCAGCCCUCCCACCCUGGCUGCUGCUGCAGAGCACUGAACUCAGGGCGCGUGGCUCUGCUCUGCCAGCCCCGUGACCAGCAUGUGACCCCAGGCGAGUGGCGUUCAGUAUGGGCCUCUGUUUUCCUGUUUGUAAAAUGUUGUUGGUCUGGAAAUUCUUUUUUUUUUUUAAUUUUUAUUUAUUUAUUUUUGGCUGUGUUGGGUCUUUGUUUCUGUGCGAGGUCUUUCUCCAGUUGUGGCAAGCGGGGGCCGCUCUUAAUCGCGGUGCGCGGGCCUCUCACUAUCGUGGCCUCUCUUGUUGAGGAGCACAGGCUCCUGUGGUCACCCUGGACCCCAUGGAGCGAGUGCUUGGCCUCCUGUGGCCCUGCCCGAUGCCACCAGCACCGCUUCUGCACCAGGCCCCCCGGCGUUACACUGUCCAGCUUGGCACUGCUGCCCCCACUGGCUUCAGCCCCACCUCCUUGCCCAGGCCCUGAGGCAGAGGAGGAGCCUUGCCUCCUGCUGGGGUGUGACCGUGAGUCCUGUGGAGCCCAGAUGUGGCCUCUCCCCCGCCACUCCUGUGUGGGCGGCCUCCAGAGCCGGACCCCACCCUGGGGCCUGGGGGAUUACUGCGAGGGGCCUCGGGCCCAGGGCGCCGCCUGCCAGGCUCUGCCAUGCCCAGUGACCAACUGCACGGCCAUCCAAGGGGCCGAGUCCAGCCCCUGUGGCCCUCCCUGUCCUUGCUCCUGUGACGACCUCGUGCACUGGGUUUGGCACUGCCAGCCAGGCGGUUACUGACCGCCGGGCCAGGGGCUGAGUGCCGACGACGCUGUCUGCGUGCAGCCCAGCCACUGCAGCUGCCUGGGCCUGCUGACCCGGGAGCGGCACCGUCCCGGCGCUCAACUGGCGAGGCCCGAUGGCUGCAACAGCUGCACCUGCUCAGAGGGCAGGCUGACCUGCACAGACCUGCCUUGCCCAGUGCCUGGAGGCUGGUGCCCGUGGUCAGAGAGGACGGCGUGCUCCCAGCCCUGCCGGGGCCAGACGAGGACCCGCUCCAGGGCCUGCACCUGCCCGGUUCCUCAGCAUGGAGGGGUCCCGAGCCCUGGGGAGGCGGGGGAGGCAGGGGCCCAGCAUCAGAGGGAGACCUGCGCCAGCCCCGAGUGCCCAGUGGAUGGAGGCUGGGGCCCAUGGGGACCGUGGUCUCCCUGUGACGUUUGCCUGGGGCAGUCCCAUCAGAGCCGAGCAUGUAGCUGGCCCCCCACUUCUGAGGGAGGCCGGCCCUGCCGGGGCCACAGGCAGAGUCGCCCCUGCCAGGACAGUUCUACUCAAUGCACAGACUGUGCAGGUGGCUAGGGUCUUCUCCCCUGUGGGCAGCCCUGCCCCCGCUCCUGCCGGGACCUGUCCCCCGGGGUCGUGUGCCAGCCAGGCUCAACAGGCUGCCAGCCCAGCUGUGGGUGCCUUGGCCAGCUGUCCCAGGACGGCCUUUGUGUGUCCCCAGCCCAAUGCCGCUGCCAGUACCAGCCCGGAGCCAUGGGGAUCCCUGAGAACCAGAGCCGGUCCGCAGGGUCUGGGCUCAGCUCCUGGGAGAACCUGGAGCCCGGGGAGGUGGCGACUGGACCGUGUGACAACUGCACCUGUGUGGCGGGCAUCCUGCAGUGCUGGGAGGUGCGGGGCUCCUGGGGCCCCUGGGAGGACGGCAGUGUUUCGUGUAGAGGAGGGGAGCAGCUGUGCUCCCGGCGCUGCGCCCGGCCACCCUGCCCCAGACCCCACCUGAGCCGCAUCUGCUGCACCCAGGUCUGCAGAGAGGCAGGCUGCCCGGCCGGGCGUCUGCACCGGGAGUGCCAGCCCGGCGAGGGCUGCCCCUUCUCCUGCGCCCACAUCACUCGCCAGGUGGGCUGCUUCUCCGCUGGCUGUGAGGAGGGCCGUCACUGCCCCGAAGGCACCUUCCUGCACCGUUUGGCCUGUGUCCCGGUUAGAACUCACCCUGCCUGGAACCCACGCCUCUCCCCUUCCCUGUCAGCUCUCACUUCUGCAGACCCUGUGGCCUCUGGGCCCAGGGCCUCACCCCUGCCCCCUACCGUCCUCCCCUACCCGCUUCCUUCUCCCCACGCGCCUUCCGAGGAUGUGCACAGAUGCGGAGAGCUGGCACCCGGCAGGUGGCUCCAGCCUGUGCCACUGCACUUUCUCCUGCGCUCCCCGCAGCAGUGCUCCUGUGUGCUGACUGCCUCGCUGCUGCAGGAGCUGCGAGCUGCCGGCGCUGACCCGGGGGCUCACCUGUCCAUUCUGGGAGAGGGGGGUCAGACCCUUGGGCCUGGAGAUGAGUUGGCUCAGGGGCUGCUGGAGAGGGCUGGAGGCUGCAUUCCCCCAGAGCAGUGUAACUACCAGCACAUCUCAGGAGAAGGAGCUGGGGUGACCCUGGCCCCCGGGGACCACCUGCAGCUGGGCUGCAAAGAGUGUGAGUGCCAGCAUGGGGAGCUGCAGCGCACCAGCCGGGGCUGUCAAGGUCUUCUGCCUCUGAGCCGCUGGUCCGAGUGGUCACCCUGUGGGCCCUGCUCCAGGACUGCCCUAGAGGAGCACUGGCCCAGGGACCCAGCUGGCCUCUCCUCCACCUCGGUCCCCACGCUGGCUUCAGAGCAGCACCGCCGCCGCCUCUGUUUGGACCCCGAGACGGGGAGGCCAUGGGCCGGGGAUCCAGACCUCUGCACCGUGCCACUCAGCCAGCAGCGUCUCUGCCCAGACCCUGGAGCCUGCCAAGAUUGAUGCCAGUGGAGUCCUUGGGGGGCCUGGAGCCGCUGCCAGGUACCCUGCAGUGGGGGGUUCCAGCUGCGCUGAGGAGGCUGCCAGGGGCCAUGGGCUCAGACUGAGAGCUGCACCAUGGGGCCUUGCCCAGGAGAGAGCUGCGAGGCCCGGGACCCCGUGCCCACCCUGGACCGUGCCGACCACUGCCCAAGAAGCUGUGCCGACCUCUGGGUCCGCGUGCAGUGUCUGCAGGGACGGUGCCACCCAGGCUGCCGCUGUCCCCCUGGCCAGCUGGUACAGGAUGGGCGCCGUGUGCCCAUGUCUUCUUGCUGCUGUGGCCUCCCCAGCCCCAGUGCUUCAUGGGUGCUGGCUCCGGCCGAGGCGGCCCUUUCUGCACACCGCUGGCACAGCACCUGUGUUAACGGGUCCCUGGUGUGCCGCCCCCAUGAGUGUCCAGCCCUCGGGCCUUGGUCAGACUGGAGCAGCCGCAAGGAAGGUCCUGCGGGGGCACCGUGCCAGGCCCAGGACACGGAGCAACGGCAGGAACGUAACCUGCAGCCCUGCCCCGAGCGCCCACCUGGCCAGGUGCUCAGCCCCUGUGCGACCUCGUGCCCGCGCCUGUGCUCGCAUCUGCAGCCUGGCACCCUCUGCAUGCAGGAGCCCUGCCAGCUUGGCUGUGACUGCCCUGGAGGGCAGGUGGGUGUGGGCACCCCUGCCCCGCCGCUACGGCACGUGCGUGCGCUCAGCUCUCUGCCCUGGGGCCUCAGCUUGACUCCUGAAGAGCAGGGUCGGGAGAUGCCCCCAGGGACUCUGCUCACCCAGAACUGCACCCGCUGUGUCGGCCAAGGCUGAGCCUUCAGCUGCCCCGUCGCUGGCUGUCGGGUGCCCCCCCCCGGAGAAAUGUGGCAGCAGGUGGCCCCCGGGGAGCUGGGGCCCUGUGAGCAGACGUGCCGGGAGCCCAACGCCACGGAGAGUCAGGGCAGCUGCAGUGCGGGGCAGGCCCCGGGGGACCCUGGUGCGUGCACACCACUGCGAGUGCUGGCACCACGGGCGCCCCCGCCCGGUGACACCACAGCCCUCCACGCCCCCUAGCCCUUCUUUUUUGUUUGUUUUUUUUUUCGGUACGCGGGCCUCUCACUGUUGUGACCUCUCCCGUUGCGGAGCACAGGCUCCGGACGCGCAGGCUCAGCGGCCAUGGCUCACGGGCCCAGCCGCUCCGCGGCAUGUGGGAUCUUCCCGGAUCGGGGCACGAACCCGCGUCCCGUGCAUUGGCAGGCGGACUCCCA